AUGGCGCGUUGUGACCGGGGGAUCCAGCUGUUACUCACCACUUUGGGAGCGUUCGUUGCCUUCAGUUUAAUGACAGUUGCCAUCGGCACGGACUUCUGGUUGUACUCACGUGCGCACGUCUGUAAUAUUACGAACAUCACCACGGACGAGACUCAAAUGCAAGCCAAGAAAACUAGAGGCGAUCUCACGCACUCUGGUCUCUGGAGAAUAUGUUGUAUUGAAGGGAUGUACAAAGGAAGCUGUUUUCGAAUCAACCAUUUCCCAGAUGAAAAUGACUACGACACGGACAACUCUGAAUAUAUUUUACGUAUUGUCCGAGCGUCCAGUCUCUUCCCGAUCCUGAGUACCAUUCUGCUGCUGACGGGGGGUCUGUGUGCAGGAGUCGGACGCCUCUACAGCAGCAAAAACAACAUUGUACUCAGCGCUGGCAUCAUGUUUGUGGCAGCAGGUCUGAGCAACAUCAUCGGCAUCAUCGUCUACAUCUCCAGCAACACGGGCGACCCGAGUGACAAGAAGGAGUUUGAGCACAAGAGCCAGUACAGCUACGGCUGGUCCUUCUACUCCGGCGCGCUCUCCUUCAUUGUGGCCGAGGCCGUGGGCGUGCUGGCCGUCAACAUGUACAUCGACAGGAACAAGGAGGCACACAUGAAGGCGCGGCACGACCUCCUCCACAAGGUGUCGCUGUCCUCCUCCGCCCGGCCGUCCUGCUCCUCCUCCUCGCCCUACACCCGCAUCUCCAGCUACCGCUACCGGCGCCGUGCCCGCUCCCGCUCCAGCUCGCGCUCCUCCGAGCCCUCGCGCGACGCCUCCCCCGUCGGCCUGAAGAUGCCCAACUCUGCUGCUGGAGGUGGAGUUGGUGGUGCAGGUGGAGGAGGUGGUGGUGCCUCAGGGUCUUCCACGCUGCCGCUGGACAUCUCCAUGUUCACGCUGGGGGGGGCCCGGGAGCACCAGCACCCGCUACAGGGGGCCAUGGGGCCCUACAGCCCCCACCACAGGGACCACCAGGCACCGCCGCCGCCGCCCCCACCACCGGGGUUCCUGCAGGUGCACAACUGCUUCCCCAAGGACACGCUGAAGGACACGCUCAACCGGCGGACCACGCCUGUAUGAUGCGUAUGGUCAAUGCAGUCCAGUCAGUGCAGGCGGGUUCAAGCUGUUUCGGGGGGCCCUAGGCAACAAGGUCGA